GUUUGGGGGCGGGAUUUAGCGAACGUCAUUUAGUUUUGAAUGUUUUCUUUUAAAUUCUUCUUACUUUGACUUUGAAGUCGCUGGAAUGUCAUGAUGUCAUUCAAAUACCUUUGAUGUGUAGGCUAAUAUCUGGUCUGAGAGCUUGUAUAUAGGACUCAAAUCCUAGUGUUAGUUUAGUUCAGAUUUUUCAGAGCACAUACACAUCCUUCCAAGGAGACGAGCACAACGACUGCAAACCAAUACAAGCCGAUACUAUGGAUACAACACAUAGACAAGAGAAUAUGGAUCAGGACCUUCCACUGGCCACAACGGACACUCUUCGCCCACUUGUCCAACAGUUCCUGAAGAAGCUGACGAACGCACAGUGGGCCAAGCUGGAAUCCGGGUCUCUUGACAAGGCCACAGAAAAUAUCAUAACGAACAUGUGUGUGGAUAUAAUUAACACUGUAUCUAGAUACAUUUAUGAGGCAUUCAAACACAACCUAACAGAGGUGAGUGACUUGCGUUUGCCGCAAAGUCCUCCCAGAUCAUCCAGAUGCUCUUCUGGAUCUGAUGGGUCACAGAAGAACGUCAGUAUAUCCGAGGAAGAAGUCGAAAGGUUUUUGGGUGACACUAUUAAACACACAUUUAAGGAGGCGACGGGUGUUCAGGAGGACAUCUGUUUCCCCAGCACACACAAGAUGAAAGACCUCUUGGUGAAAGAAGCAACAGAGAGGGUAAAUGCCGAGCUCUCCAAAAGUUGUGGAAGCAGCGGAAGCAGCAGCGAGGAAAGCGAACUGCUGGCCUCCAAGUCCUUCACAGGCAGACUAAAGGCAAUGAUAAGAUAUGUGGUGAAAAUACUUAAAAAAUGCGCCGCUAAGAUGAGAUGCAUGUCCAAGAUAGGUCAGAAAAGUCCAAAAAUGGAAGCUGAUGAAGCAGCAACAGAGCAAAACAAAUCGAGAGAGCUGGGUGAAACUGGAGGGACAAGCCAGACCCCCAUAACUCCUCUGGAAGAGGAUGAACCAGAAAAGGAUUCUUCUGGGAGAAGCUUAGAGAUUCUAAUCACCAAAGCCUUGAAGAAGGUCCUGAAGGACCAGGCGAAUAAUAUCAGUUGCAUCAAAUAUGAUGGUGACAUUUCAAAUGAGGAACGCGACCUGAUUGUGUCCAGCACCUCCCAGGAUACAGACAAGGCAGCAUCUAAGAUUGUUAAAUAUAUUAUAUUGGUAGAACUAGCAAAAUUUAGCAAAAUGUCCUGCUGGAAAAGGGUGGGAAGUAAAAUCAAGGCAUUCUUUGUGCAAAGAUUUGCUAAGGAGUCAAUCCUAAGCUUAGUGGCAAAACUGAGGAGCAAACUUGGCUGCUUCCCACCAACUAAACAAAAUACUGACGAUCUAAUUAGCCAGGUGGGUAGCCUGGUGGAGGACAUGAUCCCAACACUGGAAGAUGAGGAGAUAAGAAAGGACACAGAUGAGGUGUGCAUCUACCAAAAAAUUGCCAAUGACAUUUCCAGCGGAAAGCAAAACACCAUCAUUAAGCAGCUGACUGAAGUAGUGUCCCACCAUCUACAACCUGGCAAAGGACACAGGCAGCAGUUUCAGGCCGAGGUUCAGGCCGAAGUGGACAAGUUUAUAAAGCUGAUGUGGAACUGGCUCAACCAGCAGGCACAACAGCAUGAGAGAAGCGGGAUCACGCGAGUGUUGUUCUGACGCAGAUUAAGAACACAGUGGAUAGUCUGCCAGCACUCACAGAGAGUCCUUUGGUACUGAAGAGUGACACUUUGACACUUGAGUUUGAAGCAGCACCGGAUUCUAUUACCGAUGAGCCAUCUGAGUUUGAAGCAGCACCGGAUUCUGUUACCGAUGAGCCAUCUGAGUUUGAAGCAGCACCGGAU